AUGCCGGCGGGGCACACCCGGGGCGGGGGCGCCUACCCGCACCCAGAGCAACAGGAACAUUUAACACACAAACAUCCCUUACAAACAACACGACACACAGGGUACACUAGACAGGGUACACCCAACAUAGACGCAGAGACAAUAAGAGACCACACCGAUCAGAUCCUGAAGCAAGGAACUAGCCUACACAAUCUGCCCUCACUAAGAACACGCACGCGCCCCAACAAACUAACGAACAAGCCACGAAGAAACGAGGGACGCAAAAAACACAUUAGCCAGGAGGGUCAACGGGAACUUGGGGUAAAGGGGGGCGGGGACAAACGGCACAUAAACUUCUGA